ACACACUUCGCCACCACCAUGGAAGGCUCCGCAUUACUGCUGGCGUACCGAGCUCCACUAAAUGUCAAAUCAAGCAGCAAUUCCACGCGCGUCUGACGUCAACAACGGCGAAGGAAAAUAAACUUCGCGCACACUUCGGGAGAAACCAUUUUCGCCAACGCUGUUUUUUCUCCUUCCGCUUAGAGAGGAGGAGAGCCCGCUGAUAUAGGCAUGCCCAGCUGAAGCGUCCUGCAGCCUCUGACGCUGGGCGCAGGCGAACUGCGACGGCCGCGCCAAACAAGCUCCAGUGAUGGCCUCUGCUGAGCAGCUGUGUCCCCGCCUGCUGCACCAGCACUGCCCAUAGGCCACACAUACAUACACAUACACACACUUACACACGCCUUUGGGCUCCCUUUCCAACUCCAUCCAUACACACACACACAUCAUGUACAGUGUGGAGGACCUGCUGAUCUCUCAUGGAUACAAACUGCCCAGGAGCGGCCCUGCCUCCUCCUCUUCCGCUGCGCCUUAUGACAAUCGAAACAACGAAUGUCGUCGUGAUAAUGUAGAGAACCGGCCUGCUGCUGCUGGUGGUGGUGGUGGAACUCUGAAUGGAUUUGGGACAACGGAGGGGGGAGCAGAAGCAGGCACAGGGGUGUACAGGCCGGCUCCGGUGAAGGCUUACCCAGAGAACAACAACAACAUUAAUGAGGGCCAUGAAAGGAUUCAUCGGAGAUUGGAGGUUCCUGUUGCUUUCCUUGGUGAACUGCAACCUCUGGGUGACUCCCUAGCUACAGACAGUGGGUUCUAUGAUGCUCCCAGCCUGACAUUCUCUGAACAUGCAGAUGAGCGAGAUAUUUCAUUCUGGAGAAGGAGGGGCCAGGACUUCAGUGCUCUUUUGGACUAUGCUGAUCCUAGGGAACUCAGAUUGUCUGGAGGAUUGUGGAGAGGUCCAGUACUAGCCGUUGAAGAGCUGAGGGCUGAGAGGCCACUGACACGGUGGGAGGAAGGCCCAUGGAUACGGGAACCUAUAGACUCAGGCCCAGAGACGCUACGUGUGACUGGAGAGAGAAAAUGCCAGAGCCUGGGAACAGAGGAGUGGCGCCCUGCAGUGGGCUUGGGCCGGCAGCUGUCAGAUGGGGAGGCUGAACAUUGGUCUCAGGAGCAGCAACACCAUCUGCGACCAGCAGAGGGUAGUGUGUCCACCACAGUGCGAGCCAAGUCUCAGUCGCUCCCUCGAGUCCUUUCACCAGAAGAUCCCCACUAUGGAGAACUGCCUCAAACCGGUGCCCCAAAUCACCCACCUACACAAAGAAGCAGCAGCUCUGCUCCAUAUGGUCGAUACCACAGUGAGUGGCAAGCAGGGGAAAGGUGGAGUGGUCAGACACAAAGUCAUGCAUCUUCUGCACUUGUACCAAAGCCACGGUUCAGCCGCCCCGUCAAGCCCCCGUCUUAUGAGACUCACCAGCAAAACAGGGGGAGCUGGGAAACAUUGUCCUCUGAACCUGUGUCCAAAGCCAGAGACCGCUCCGUGUGUUUCUCUCAGACUUUUGAACCACUCAGAGACCGGUCUGGAUGUUAUUCUCAAAGUGCAGAGCCUCUAAGAGAUCGGUCCAUUUGCUUUUCACAGAGUGCAGAACCAAUUCGAGACCGCAUGCUGAGCCACUCUCAGAGUGUUGAACCGCUAAGAGACAGAUUUGUCAGUCAUUCACAGAGUGCAGAACUACUGCGUGAUCGUUUUUUCAGCCACUCGCAUAGUGCCGAUCUUUUACGGGACCGAUCCCUUUGUUACUCUCAGAGCUCAGAACUGCUACGAGACCGGUCCAUUUGUUACUCCCAAAGUGCAGAGCUCCUGAGACCAGAAUCAUACAGGACAGAUCUAUUUUACCAUGAACUGACUGGUAUGGAUCCCCCUGGUUACAUCCCACCCCCCUCCUACAGGAGAUUCCUGCCACCCAGGAGUGGACAGAACUAUCGAGCAGAUUCUGCUCUUGUCCGAUGGAAACGUGAGCCUGUGAGUGCAGAGAUGGGCCAGUGGUUUUCUAGGACUUCAGGAUUGUCAUGGUCAGAGCGGCGUGAAGAUAGGAGCAUGGCAGUAGUUCCAAGAAGGCCUGUGCAUCCAGGGCCUGUUGUACCUAGCCGUCCAGGACUUGUGCAGUAUGUCCCAUUUGAAGACCCGCGUAUCAGGCACGUCUCAGGGGGGCCCUGUGGAAACUCGCUCACAGACUCGGACAAGAUCCGACACGUCAACAAAGAGCUUCCCUGCACUGCAACUUUAGGACAAUCCACACAUGAUAGUGCCUUUCUCUCUUCACAGGGACCGAAUCUUAGCACGGAUAAUAACAAACCGGCUCUCACUGAACAGGAGAAUACUAACCGCUGGCACAAGGGGAUGAACAAAGGCAGUGAAACUGUAGCACCUGACCAGAGCUGUGCAAAGUUCCCCCCAGCCUUUCAGCUCAGACCCCUGCAACCAAUCAUUAAAACAGACAGAAGUACAGACCAACAGACUAGAGCAGACAGAAUCACUGACCAAGUCAAGGUUGAGAGAGUAACAGAGCCUGUCAAAGCUGAGAGAGGUGCUGAACAGACAAAAACAGACCAGGUCAAAGUAACAGAGCAAAUGAAACCAGAUCGAGUUACUGACCUAAUCAAAUUAGAUAAGCCUACAGAACAAGUAAAGCCGGACAGGAUUACAGACAAACAAGUAAAGGUGGAAAGAUUAACUGACCAGAUACAAGUAGACAGAAUCCCAGAUCAAGUCAAAGUCGACAAGUAUACCGACAAACAAAUUAAGCCUGAAGUCAAAGCGGAGAAAAUCCCUGAAAAGCUCGUAAAAGCAGACAGAAUUUCAGACAGGCAAAGUAAAGCUGAGCGACUCUUAGAGAAGCACUUGAAGAUCGAUAGAAUUUUAGAAAAACAACUGAAAGCAGAUAAAAUUUUAGAAAAACAGUGUAAAUCUGAAAAAUUUACUGACAAGUUAAAUAAAUCUGACAAGCAGACUAAAGGAGACAGCAGUACAGACCAGAUGAAAUCUGAGAAGAUCACUGACAAGUCUGGAAAAGCUGACAAAUCCUUGGAUAAAGGUUCCACAGAGAGUGUUUCAACAGUAAAGACAGAACCAGUCCAGGAACCUGAGAAAAAGAGUGUGAAAAAGAAACUCAGUGAGACCAUCUUCUGCCUUGUGUCCGUGCCACUUUCGCAGUCCAGUUCAAAAUCUCGAGAUCAAAACAACAACGAAGAGAAAGAACCAGACUCUCCUCCAAUUCCUCCUCCUCCUCCACCAAGUUCCUCCAGCGAAAAAAGCAACACCCUCAGCUCCCUGCCAAACCAAAGCCUCAAAAGCACAUCCACCACCUCCACUGACUUAGAGCUACAAGCACUCACACUUGGCAGUGGGACCAGUAGCAUAGCCACAAGGAGAGCUCAUCGCAGAAGGAACUCACGCUCUAGGAUCAUUAAGCCAAAUCCACAUGAUGAGCUCCGACGGUAUUCUGGGGCUUGGCCUGGGGACCAGUACCGUGAUCAGGAAACCCAAACAAGCCCCGAGCCCACAAAGAACAAUGCAAAUCCAGGCCCCGCCAAUACAGAAGCACAAGAUGCUCCUGCUGCCCCAGAGGUAACUCCUGCUGAGACUACAUCGGUGGCUCCAGGGGCUGCCCCAGGGGCCAUUGGGGCUUCGUCAGCUCCGCCGGCUCCAUCGGUUCCAUCAGUUCCACCGACUCCAGCAGCUCCACCGGCUUCAGGAGCUCCUGACCCCAGCACCCCUUAUGGGUAUCCCAUGAAGGGCCAGAAAAGCCUAAAACCAUCCAGCAACAGUGCUUUUUCACGGACAGGCACCUUCUCCAAGAGCACAGGUUCUCACAGACCUCCAUUACAUCCCCCGUCUCACCCUCCACCCCCUCCUCCAACCCAACCACCAUCUCAACCUCCUCCUCCUCCACCAACACAGCCCCCAGCUCAGUCCCCACCAUCAGAUCUUACUGAAGAGGCGAAGUCAGCCACAGGGCCAAACCCAGAGGCAUUAGGCCAGUUCUUGCUGAAGCCAGUGAGCCGGCGGCCGUGGGAUACCAUUGAGGAUCUUGAGACCAUCAAUAAAGAGGCGCAAGACCAAGCAGGUAAACGCCCCAGUGUGGACCAGUGCAUUGAGGAUCUCAAUGAGGCCUACAAAGAUAUCCUUGAGCUCAGCACUGCCAGCAAUAACCUUCCCAACCGCUCCUCCAUGCAAAUCCCUGACCGCAUUAAAUCCAGGUUGUCUUCAGAUUCAAUUGGAAUUCCUGCAACCGCUCUUCGACCAAGCUUGGUGCCUGGAAGUGACCCAGAAUACCGGGAGGUGAAGAGUGCCUUUUCCCGACCAUCAACUGGGAAAAGUGUGAGCUUCAGCAAACAGCUAAGAGAGGAGAUUUGUCCUGCUCCUCCCCCACCAGAACCAGGUUUCAGAGAUUACAAAACAGUUAUGUCCCAGAUAACCCAACGCAAAGCCUGCAGAUCAGUGAAGCUGGAUAUCCCUGCUCCCAAAGAGACUCAAAGAGAUGACGAUUUGACUGCACAAACCUCCUCCACCUCUUCCAUGGCAGCCGAGAUCCCAUGGGCAGACAGACAGCCCAUGCAAGAUGCUUCCACUCUAACCAGCCCCCCAGACUAUGAGCACAUCUGUCAAACUCUCCAAAUGGCCCGUGAUUCUGGGGCUGUUAGCCGAUCUUCUAUAAAAUCCAAACCAGGAAGUGCCAUGAGCAUCGAAACCCCACAGCAUGUGCCCAUACCUGGUAGACCUCCCAUAGAUUCUGAGCAGCCAUGUUGUUCUUCAGCAUUAGAAGUGAGACAGGAGCCAAUGGCAUUAUUCAGGGAUGAAAGGAGCUCAGGUUUUAGGAGGGUAACAAGCCACACUAACAGGUUUCUUAGCAACAGGGGUGUGCUUGGUAGCCUUGCAACGGGAAAGCCUGUUGGUGACAAAGCAGGUUUAGAGGCUAGCCCAGAAGUACCUGCUGACUGGCAGAUGCAGCUUUCAUUAGCUGAAAAGCAUAUUGCUACUCUGAUCACAGGAAAGGGUUCAGCAGAGAACCUUGAUGAGUCAAACAUGGUUAAAGGUGAUAAAGACAUUCCUGGCAGUGAGUCAGUAGAGGAUGAAGUGAGCAACACUUUAGCCACUGAAAUGAAAGACGAUCCUGCCAGUGCUGAGCAGAAACAUAAUGAAAUCAAAAAGAAAGAAACAGAGCAAACAGAGAAACCUGAAAGCCAACAAUCUGAAGUGACAGAGAAAGUGAAAGAAGAUGAAACUUCUAGGGAAAAGAUGCAAACAGAGCAAGAGAAGUGCUGUGUUACUGAAGGAACAGAGCAAAAUAGUGAUAUUACCUUAGAGGCAAAUAAAGAACCAAAUGUGAUCUUGAGGGCAAAUAAAACUGCAAUGUGGACUAAUUCAGGUUUAGAUUCAGAGCUACGUCCUGAAUUUCCACCAGAUCACCUUCCCCUUUCUGUACUUCCUACAACUAAUCGUAGAUUAUCUCUAGGGUUGGAUUGGGAGAGGGGUGGGUGGGAAGGGGAAAGCUUGGGUCAAGGUGGUUUCUGGUCCAGAGAGAGGCGGUCCCUUGAUGCUGAAAGAUGGGAUGUUGGUGGAGAGAGAUGGGGUUUAGACAAUGAUAGACAGGAAGGAGGUGGUGAAAAACGGGGUCUGGGGGGUUGGCGUGGAUGUGGGAUUGAUGGGCAAGGCAAAGAUGAUUCAGACUGGGAAUUAGAUAAAAAUACCCAAGACACUGUUGAUAAAGAUGCAGAUUCAGACACAAAACAGAGAAUACUUAAACCUGAGCAGGGUCAUAGCAGUCCAGUCUCUAGCACUGAUGAAGUGGAAAAACAUAAAAAGCAUGUUGUUGCUAGCCAAUGCAUUGAAAAUGGCCGGAGUCAAGGUCCAGGUGAAGGUCAGGUUUCAAGUGUAGAUAGACGGAGCCGUGGACUUUCCCAAAGAAUAGAGGCUCUUUUUACAGCCCCGCCUGGGCAUGGCUCAGAGGAGAGACUUGCCCGCAUGAGGGAGGUGGACACUGUCUCACGAAUGAGAAGCCUUAGCCUCCGAAGCUCAGACUCUUGGGAUGGACUGCAUGGGGUGGGAAGGUGGGUAGAUUAUGGAUGGGAGAAAGAAGGCCCCCUUCCUGGACCACAGGAUUCUUCAAAAAUUACAAAGGCAGAGGAUAACGAGGGCAGCGUCCACCCUGCAGUCACAAGUGAACCUAAAGAAAAAAAAGACGACCAGGCAACCCUAAAAGAGUCACAGGAGCCCAGCCAGGUGGAGAGGUCGUAGCUGAACCCUAGAGGUCAGAGGUCAUCUAACUAAGGGCCAGCCUCCAGCACUGUGAGCUGGCUGUCUGUUAAAUGCCUUCAUCCUCAUAUGCUAUUGAAACAUCAUCAGACAUACAUAUAUACACAACAUUAGACACAAACACACUGAGCGAUGCAUCUCUCUUUAAUACAGACGUCUGUGCAUUAACACAGACAAACUGACACACAAACACUCAAAAUCAUUGUCAUGUAUGCUGACGCUCACUUGCAUUCAGAACACAUUUAAAUACCUAACCACACUGAGACAUCUGAAAUGGCCUUCUACUCCGACAAGAGCAUUGUGUAUCAACUCCACUCCACGCCCACUCAGUUCCAGCUCUGCUGGCUUUCUAAGUGUUGCUGUGCCACUGCCAGAAGGAGGUUCCCAAUAAUGCCCCACCACCUUCAUAUGUUACAGUUCUCAUCAUGCCCCAUUGUUCUUAAUUUUGUGCCCUUGACAUAUUUUUAUUCCCUGCAAUUUCUGUAAAAGUUGGUUAAUUGGACUUUAUCUGGUGCGUCACUCAGCAAAACAUUGAAAAUGUUGUUGUGUGACCAUGAAACAAACAAACGGAACACUUUACUGUCUUUUAAAAAAAAAUGACUGUUUAAAAAGUAUUACAGAACUUUAAUAUAAUAAGAAGCAGUUUAAAACCAGCUACAAUCUCUUAUAAUGUCAUAUCUCUUGCAAACAACCUAUCAUCCUCACAACUGUCUUUCCUUCCUCACAUCUUUGCAUGUUCCUUCCCUCAAUCAGUUUUUGUUAAAAGACCUUAGUCUUCUCACUAACCCUUCAUUACACUAACCUUAUGUACAUCUCAUGAAUUUCACAUUUGUCUAGACAGUGUUAUCUCUGUGCUCCAAUGUUUUGCUAAUAACUGGCAAAAUUAAUAUUUGUGUAAGCCCUCAUCACACUUACAAUAUCAUCCCACCAGUAUAAACAGUCUUGUCCUUAUAAUCAAAAUCUUGUGCUACACUUCUUAAUUACUAUGACCACAAAUGAUUUACAUUGUCUUCGCACCUUAUUGAGUUAAUAAUGUCUACCAACUGACUGAUAUCAUCCCACACUAGCAUACACUCUUGAAAACAAAUGUUCUUUAUUGAUUUCAAUGGUUCCAUGAAAAACAUUUCCUAUCCAUUGAACCUUUCUAUUCCACAUAAGGUUCUUUAUAGUGAGAAAAAGAAUCCUUAGAUUUUUAAAAUGGUCUUCAAACUAAGAAAUAAUCUAUUCUUUUAAGAACUGAUUAAAGAAAGGUUCUUUUAUGGCGACCCCCUUUCUGCAGCUUUAUUUUUAAGAGUGUAUACAGUAUGUGUGUCUGAGCGUUCUUGCUGAAACGCACUGCUUUAAUGCCGCACUUUAAGCUAACCACAUCAUAAUACCAUGUGCCAACCAGAUAUGUUUACUAUGUAACUGCAAGGAUUUCAUUCUUCAUAUUACACCCCAAAAUAAAAUAAAAAAAUACAUUUUGCAUUAAUAAAAUGAAGCAGAUUUUUCUCAAUUACCCAAUUUAGUUGGAAAUAUGUUAAAAAUUCAAUUAUGUAUAAUAUUAAUAAAGGAUAGGGUUUGUUAGACAGCUUUUUAAUUUAAAUUGACAUGUUAAUGAAAUUUGAAUUAAAAAUGAUUCUGAAUUAUAGGCUUCAUUAAUUUUAUACAGUGUAGAGAGAAAGGGAGAGACAUAAUAACUGGACAUUUCUUUGUGAAAUAAUCAUUUUCUUUUAUUUCUUGUUUAUCUUCAUCACAUCCUACCUGGUUGGAACACGGUAUAAUAACUAUUUCCAUGUUCAAGCAGAACCGUGCACGACCCAUCUGAGUCACCCCCUAAAUUAAAACCUCCCAAAUCCAUCAGUCCAUCAAGAAUCCAGUCCAUGGGGGCAGCCUCUACCCCAUCCUCCCCAGUGAGGCUCGGUCCCGCCAGCCUUUCCUCUAUUGACAUCAUGGAACUCUCUUGUCGUUUGUGGGAACAUGUGGUCCUCUUGUGGAGUGCUUUCAAGGGGUGCACUUACCCCUCUGUCCAAUGUGGUUCUGUUUGAGCAGACAUGAAUGUUUUGUAAAUGCUUUUUAUAUUGUUUUUUGACUUUACCAAAACCAGUAUGGCGGUUUUAGGAGAACUGUU